AGAUGGCCCAAGUCUGUGUUAGCUAGCAGCGCGCGCCUGGCAUCAGCGUUCGCCAGGCAUGAUGAUGCCAGGGGCGAUGCCAAUGGGCGUCAUGCCGGCCAUGGGCGCAGGAGACGAAGACAAGAUGAAGCAGGUGAUGGCCAAGAAGCCCAAGAGAGAGGAUGACAAAGUCACGACCGUCUUCGUUGGGGGCCUCAGAAAAAGUACCAGCGAGGACAAGGUCAUUGGCCAUUUUGCAAAGUAUGGCCAGGUGGACAGCGUGGACAUCAAGCGCCUGCCCGAUGGCUCCUCCCGGGGAUUUGCCUUCGUUAAGUUUUCGGACAAGGAUUCCGUCAACCGGUGCGUGGAGGCAAAGGCUAGCCACAUGAUUGACAACAAGUGGGUGGCGGUGAGACCCCACGGCGGCACUGCCUUCCAAGCGGCGCAGCAUGCAGAGCGCCAGCGUAUGGCCCACGACAGAGAGAAGGAGAAGAAGGAGACUGAAGGACCUGCGACACAGGAUGACUACGAAGAGAAGUGGUCUGAGAAGUACCUUCAGCAGGCUGCUUCGCUUCAGGAUGAUAAAGCCGACAGCGAUGGCGAUGACGGUAAAGAGAAAGAAGCGCCAGCCAUGAACCCCAUGAUGGCUAUGAUGAUGAACCCGAUGAUGCAAAUGAUGAUGAAUCCCAUGAUGAUGGGCGCCAUGAAUCCCAUGAUGAUGGGCGCGCGGCCCAUGAUGCCCGGCGGCUGCCCCGGCGCCAACGCCGAGGCGUCCGGUGGGCCGGGAGCUUCGCAGGGAUCGAGUGGCUGCAACAUGCCGUGCGGCUGCGGCAUGAUGCCAUGCGGCAUGAUGCCAGGCUGUUGCGGCGGCUGCCCUUGCGGCGGCUGCAUGAUGCCCGGGAUGGGCAUGCCCAGUAUGCCUGGGAUGCCCAGCAUGCCUGGCAUGACCGGUAUGCCCGGCAUGCCUGGAAUGCCAGGUGGGGCUGCUCCAGCCGUAACCAGCCCAAGCGCGGAUGCAGGAGACGGCGAGGGAGAAGGCGCUGAGACAAGUGGUCCUGUGAAGGAGGGUGGAGGGGAGAACCGCUUCAAGCCCUACUGAGUGAGUCUCAACCCAAAGAGGAGGUAGCAGAAAUGCAGGGCAGGCCAUUGGUGAGGAGGUUGCCUCUGGAUACUUUUGCAACUGGGCUGCAGUGGGUCCUAGCCGGCGAGUAUUUCUGUUGCAAGUACUCAGCAGAUGGUAGCGGGUGCGGCCUCCCAAGGUGUGUAGUCCGCAACAGGCCGCGACUCACAACAUUGCCAAGGAGGCAGUAGGGACAGGCGCUUCAUCAAGCCACCUGAUUGGGCGCGCUGGUUUGAAAGCCCAGAUGCCUGGUGCCCAGCCCCAAGCCUUCGGAUGUCCUUGGGCUUUGGUUGCAAACCGCAAGGGGAUAGGGGCGCAACAUGGAAC